AUGAACCCGCUGGGAGCUGAGCGCCUUCGCCCCACGCCGCCGCCGCGCAGCCUCCGGGGCCCCGAAGGCGAAGACGGCGAAAUCGAUAUUCUGGGGGAGGAAGAAGAUGAAGACGACGAGGAGGAGGAAGAAGAGGACCACGUGGAGAUCCAAGUGAGCCCGCCGUUCCUGGAGCUGCUGCACCAGCCGGAGUCGCAGGGCGCGGGCGCGAAGCCGGGGGAGCGCACCGAGAGCAGCGGUGGCCCAAGCGACUCCCCGGAGUUUGGCACCAAGUUCGGGGCCUCGGCCGGGCCCGUGGCGGCCUCCGGGGACGCCCCGCAGCCCGCGAAGCCCCCCUACUCCUACAUCGCGCUCAUCACCAUGGCCAUCCUGCAGAGCCCGCACCGGCGCCUCACGCUGAGUGGCAUCUGCGCCUUCAUCCGCGGCCGCUUCCCCUACUACCGCCGCAGGUUCCCCGCCUGGCAGAACAGCAUCCGCCACAACCUCUCGCUCAACGACUGCUUCGUCAAGAUCCCCCGCGAGCCCGGCCGCCCGGGCAAGGGCAACUACUGGAGCCUGGACCCCGCCUCCCAGGACAUGUUUGACAACGGCAGCUUCCUCCGGCGCAGGAAGCGCUUCAAGCGCCGUCACCACCAGCCCCCGGGCGCCCACCUGCCUCACCCCUUCCCGCUCCCCGUAGUGCCCGCCACCCUGCACGGCCCCUAUCCGGGCUUGCUGCCUGGGUCCCUGGCCGUUCCCGGGGCCUCCCCUGCCGCCGCCGCCCCCCGGAGCCGCCCCUGCGCUCUGCUGCACCCCCAUCCCCUUCGCUACCUGCUGCUGUCCUCCCCCAUCUACUCCGAGGCGCCCGGGAAAGUUCAAGGCGGGGACCUGGGGACCCCCGGCGCCGCCCUCCCAGCACUGCAGCCGCCCUCCCUGGGCUUCCAGCCUUGGGAAGGGGGCAAGGGGCUCGCAAUGAGACAGGCAGGCGGAGGUACCUCCUUCAGCGUCGAAAGCAUAAUGCAAGGGGGCCGAGGAGGCGGGACAGCGACGGCGCAGAAUCUGCCCCGGACCCCCCCGUGGGGUUACUGGCACCUGCUCCCGCGCUCGUCGAGCCUGUGGCACACCCAGGCUGCUGCCCCCUGGCUCCAUGCGUCCGCCGUCCAGGGCGGUGCCAGCAAAGGCGGGCUGCUGGGCCGGCACCUGUCUGCCGCUGCGGCGGCGCUGCUGGGGCGUCCGCCGGGAGCGGAAGGCUCCAGGCAAGUGUCCUGCGGAGAGGGGACCUCGCCCGCGUUUUGA